UUACAAUAUGAGUUUUCAUAAAAGAUCACAGAAGUGUUCCAAGUUUCCACAUCAAACAUUUAAUAGCCUGUGCUUUCAUGCAUAAUUGGAUGCAAUGCAACACAGGGAGAAAAAAUCAUCUCAUCAGAAUUUUAAAAAUACAAAUCAACAUCAGUACAGUGCUGUAAUCCACACCUGAUUAAACCCUCUGAAAUUUGUUCUUUGUGAAUUCUGUAAUAUAUACUUCAUUUUCCGGUGAUUCCCCAAAGAAAAAUACAAUUGAUUAGUUGUGACAUUUCCAGGGACGAGCAUCUUUGCCAAAGAUUACUCCUCCUGUGAAUAGUCCCACCGGAGCGUGUGUAGCCUGCAGCAGAAGCACGUCAGAAACACCGCCCACUAAGGAACAGAGCUCGAGAAAGACCCCUGAUUUUUGUGGUAGCACAAACAUGGACACAAAUGUUUCAUCACUCAGCUCAACAUCCAUCCUGACCCAGCUGCCUCUCAAUACCACAGCAUUCAUAAACAGCACGGCUACAUCCUUCAGUGCGAUUGAUGGGUGCGACAACUUGAUAGAGGCCGUUCUCUUUGACCUGGCCGUUCAGUGCAUCAACAUAAUUGUGGGUAUCCCAACCAACUUACUCGUCAUUGCAAUUCUCAUCCACAAUCGCAAAGAGCCUUCCACUUCAGACAUAUUCUUGGGCUGCUUGGCCUUCAUGGAUGCCUACUUUGGUGCAAUGACCCCCCUGAGCUUCCUUAAUCUCUACCUCUGGCAGCUCAAAGAGGUGUUGUCUGCCAUUAAGUUCUCCUAUGGCGUGAAAGACACCAGCGGCCCAUUGUUCCUCUCUUGCAUCUGCUUGGAUCGCUUUGUAGCUGUACUCUUUCCAAUCGCAUUUGGGCAACUUAAACACUUCAAGUACAGGUUAGGCCUCUCAGUGCUGGUGCUCUGCCUCACCUUUGCCUACUCAGCAGCCAAGAUGGUGGGAGGGCUCCCCAACUUUGAAAAGGUGUUCACCGGUGAGGUACUGGCAACAUUUACUUGGAUGGUGGUGUGUAACGCAAGCAUCCUGUGGGCACUGAAGAAGUCCACCGGUGCAGGGAAAGAUGCAAUGCACCCCAUGAAAAAGAAGGCCUUCAAGAUGGUGCUCUCUAUCCUGUGUAUCAUCGUAUUCAACUACCUGCCACUUGUUGCUCUGUUUCCAUUUGAGGACUACUACUCCCCUGAUGUGUUUCGCUGUUACGUGCAGCCCGCGGGUUUUGCCUUUCUGAACAUCAGCAGCACAAUCCAGCCCCUUGUCUACUUGUCACGUCUGGAGAAGGUGCCUUUCCUCUCUGCGUCCUGCAUUAAAAAGAUUACUUCCUGUUUCAACCCAGAGAAGAACCAGAAUCCACAGGAGCAAAACCAACCUGCUUAGAGUCACAAAAUAUGAAAAUAUAACACACUUAUUAAAAUUUAUGAAAAAUAAUCAUCUGCAACUGUGACAGUCAAACCCUGAGUGUAAAGUCCUGCUUUGUUUGGUUUUUUUCCCAGUUUACGUUUUACUUGAAUGCAUUUUUUUCAUAAUCAGUGAAAGAAAUCUGUAUUGAAGAUUGAACCAGUAAUUAAUCAACAAGUAGACAAUGUUAAAAUUAUAAGCAUUUAAAUUCAUGUUUUCAUAACGUGAUGAAUUGCUACAAGGAGCGUGUGAACUAUUUGCUUGUGUUUUGGCGCCAUCCUGAGGACAAAAUACAUCA